GCAAGAUGAGCCAGGAAGACAUUUUUGCAAAGCUGAAGAAGGAUGUUUGCUCCUUGCUGCUUUCCUCUAAAAUGGGUUUGGAUCCUGCUCAGCUCCAGCAAGAUUACAUCAAUAUGUUGGGUCAUCCAAUGCCUCUGAAAUUCUUGGGCUUCAGGAACAUUAUGGACAUGGCUAAGGAGAUGCCCGAUGCAGUUUCUGUGAACUACAGGCCAGAUGGAAGCCCAUACUUAAAAGCCGUGAGUAACGAGACGACUCGAAACAUUGAGGAGCUAGUAGCCAAUCAGCGGAUGUCUAAGUCUGACAAGGCAAAGAACAGGGGCUUUAACCAUUUCUAUCCUCUUGAUCGUCGUCAUCAUCAUCGGUUCACCCCUGUGGUCCUCCCUCGAAGAGGUCAUGCUCCUCCAGCCCUCCCUGCACACCUGAGGAUGCAGCUUCGCCUCCUGUUGUCCCAGGGUCCAGUUAUGUUAUCCCACAUUGAGAACUGUUACUUGUGCUACUUUGGCUACCCACUGUGGGUCCACAACUAUGGAUUUUACUCUACUGGAGAGAUGCUGGAGGCAGCGAGGGAUAUGAUUCUAAUCCAACAAAGCAGGUUUGGCUCAGUUCUGACCCUGAGGGAACAUAUGAUACCAAGGCCAGUCAUGAAACCAUCCAACUUAACAAGGACGACUGGCCCGAUGCAACCAGUAUACUUUUUGUCAAGCAUGCCGGUUUCCAACGGUGCAAACAUGAAAAAUCCUGAAACAACAAAACCUUCAGCUGAAGUUCUAGUGCAGGAAGGUCCUCUGAAUCGGCCCUCUGAGGCUUCUCUGGGCCCUGAUCAAGAAGAGCCAGGAGUCGGUAUCAAGCCAGAAACGAAUGAGAAGUUCCAUGAAACCAAAUCAGUGGAUGACCAAGACGCUGAGCACUUUCAAAAACUUCUACGCAAGCUUGAAGAGGAGCUUCGUCAGCAAAUUCUGGAGAAUGGUGUCGCCGGCACCGUCAGUCAGGAGCUGAAGGACAAGCUGCGAAAGGUUGUUGCUCAGACAAGUGGUGGAUUAUCAGUCCAUGAUCUUCCUGAUGAGUACAAGAAACUUUUUGGAGAAGACCUGCCGUACACGGAGAGCGGUUUCGUCAGCGUCACUGAACUCAUUGAUGCCCUGAGGGACACUUUCUAUCUGGAACCAGCAGAGGACGACAAUGGACACCACUGGAUAGUAAGGGACAUAAAAGACUGCGAGCACAGACGAUCAGAUUCAAAAGAAACUACAGACCUCAGUGAAGGAAAGUUGGCAGCUAAGAGCUCUUACUUCAGCUCUGGAGGGUCUCCUUGGGAAAACAAACAAGGAGGAAAUGAUGGUGGUGAUGAUGAGGAGGAAGAGGAGCAGGAGCCCAGUAUCAUUUCCAAAACGGAAAAAAUGACAGUGGAGAUGUACACGGCCAUUCAGGUGCACGGCAAAUCUACCAUGCCCCUGGACGCCGUGAAGAGUCAGCGUCUCAAACCACCAACGCGCCACGAUGCUCGCGAGCUGGUACAGGUCCUGGUGGAGCUUGUGAUGUCGCCUGGAAGUUUCUACAUCCGUUUUAGUGAGAGCAAGGAGGCGCGGGCCUUGGAGGAUAUGAUGUUGGAGAUGAGACAGUGUUACACCUGUCCUGAGGUGUCGGAGCGAUACCGCCUCCCUCAGCCGUUCAUCAGACUGGGCCAGGUCUGCUGUGUGUCCCCUAAAGGAAUAUGGUUUUAUCGAGUGGUGAUCCACAGAGUUCUAAACCCCACUCAGGUUGAAGUGUACUACGUUGACUAUGGCAAUAUCACAGUAGUCCUGAGCAACAGCCUCAAGUUUCUCAAGUUAAGCUUUUCGGUUCUUCCAGCACAAGCAGUUCCAUCAUCUCUCGCUGGAAUUAAACCCACCUCGGUCAACUGGACUCCUGAAGCAACGGUUUCUUUCCAGAAACUGUGCUGUGAUCGCACUCUAGUGGGUGCUUUGGACUGCUACACUGCAGAUGUGCUGCAGCUCUACUUGUGUGACACACACACUGAUCAGGACAUCUAUGUGCAUAGUGUCCUCAUACAGCAGGGCCACGGGGUCGCAUGCAGCCCUGCAGCUGCUGCAUUGUGUGUUCAGGUGACACCAGUGAGUCUUUACUUUGGUGAAGGGAUGGUUGACCUGCCAGAAGUCGACAAGGAGCUGCUUUUGUCAUCAGAUACUUUUGAACCGUCUGUGGAGGGCACACAGAUUGAAGACGAAGGGCCGCCCGGCCUGGAGCUGAUAGAGGAGAACGAAGUCAUCCCUUGUUUACAGGAGAUGGGUGCCAACCCGUUCUUUGCUCUACUAGAUCCUCAAACCUUCAGCUCUAGUGAACAAAGUUCAGCUAAUGAAUCGCCUCCAACAAGUCCUGCCUCGACCACUCUUGGACCUGCAGAUUCGCUCCAGACCAGAAAAAACUCACCACUCGGUGAAGCUGAACCUAAAACGGAGAACAUAACUCCACCCAGCUCGGAUCUCACCUCCUGCUGUCCACAAGAGGAGGCGCAGCCUGACUCCCAUGACGACUCGUCACUCAGACAAAUUUCCAUCUUGAAGACGCUGAUAAACACUCCUCACAUGAAACGGGUCCAAGACUCUCCCCAAAAUGCUCCGGUGUUUCCUUCCUACCAGCGAAAGCCUGGUUUCCUGUUUCCGUUAUUUGGAACCAGUCAGAUUGUGUCCAUCACUGCUACACCUCCACCUGGACGCAAGCGUUGCACCUUGUUUGCCAGCAGAAACCAGCUGCAGCUGAGCUUCAGGCUCAGUUAA